AUGGUCCGUAAUAUCGUUAUUCUCUCGGGCAACUCGCACCCGUCCCUCACCGAGGCAGUGUGCAAUAUGCUAGGCAUUCCUAACGGCAACCGCAUACUGAGCAAAUUCUCGGUUGGGGAGACCCGCUGCGAGAUCAAGGACUCGGUACGGGGCAAAGAUGUCUUCAUCAUCCAGUCUGGCGGUGGAUCGAUCAAUGAUCACUUAAUAGAGCUUUGUAUCAUGAUCUCUGCCUGCAAGACCGGCUCGGCCAAGCGUGUCACGGCUGUGCUUCCCUUGUUUCCCUACUCUCGACAGCCCGACCUACCAUACAACAAGAUUGGUGCUCCACUCUCGAAGCCCACCGAAGCCUCCAAGGACAAGUAUACGUUUGAGAGCGUCCCCGCGACACCCGGACCUGGUGUUGUGAAGAGCGCAAGCUUCAGUAAAGAGACUGAUCUGACGAGGGCGAUGAGCAAGACUUCUCUCACCAACGGGACGGGAAGUGCCCUCGCUCGGACGAAUGGCGGCGAGGGCUACUUCCACUCUGAUGGGAACGCUGCCGGGGACAUGUACCCGGUUCAAGGCCUGCAUUCCCGCGUAGGAAGCUAUACGACUCACGACUACGAGAAUCCGGGACUGCUCUCUACGUUUCAAGCUAAACCCGGGUAUAAGCGAUGGGUUGCACAAGCCGGAACCCUGGUGGCAGAUCUUUUGACCUGCGCGGGCGCAGACCAUGUCGUCGCGCUGGACCUUCACGAUCCUCAGUACCAAGGCUUCUUUGACAUACCCAUGGACAAUCUAUACGGUCGUCCCCUGCUGAAGAGAUAUAUCCAGCAGAACAUCCCAGAUUACAAAGAAGCCGUGAUCGUGAGCCCAGAUGCGGGGGGGACCAAGAGAGCGACGGCUAUCGCAGAUAGCCUGGGCAUGGAAUUCGCCCUCAUCCACAAGGAACGACGGCCGCCUCGGAUCACGGAUCGGCAGAAUGCGACGAUGAUGCUGGUCGGUAAUGUCGCCAAUCGGGUGUGCAUUCUGAUCGAUGAUCUGGCCGACACCGCCAACACCAUUACCCGUGCCGCUAAGCUCUUGCGAAAGGAGGGCGCGGUGGCCGUGUACGCCCUCCUCACUCAUGGCGUGCUUAGCGGGGACGCCAUUGCGCGCAUCAACGCUUCAGCGCUAGACAAGGUGGUCGUGACCAACUCGGUCCCUCAGGACGAGCACAAGCGGCUCUGUCCCAAGCUCGACGUCUUGGACGUCGCCCCCAUAUUCGCCGAGGCCAUUCGUCGCAUCCACCACGGCGAGUCGAUCAGCGUUCUAUUCCAGUACGCUUGA